UGACAAAAGCAUUAAAUAUAUUGGCCAGAAUAUACUCGUUUGGAGAGUUGUUACUUUACCAUAUCUCAAGUAUAAAAGCAAAAUUUUGGUCAGUUUUUAUUCUCAAAGAAUUAUUUCUGUAAUCAGUGGAUAUUCUUUUACUUCUACUAUAACUUUUGACCCAAAUUGGUGAAUAAAAAGUAAAGGCGAUAAAAUGAUUGAAGAAACCACCCCUAAACUGAAGUGGCAGUUGCAGGAUCCUGUCAAACCUUGCCAUGGCUCACUCCUCACCUCCUCCUGUCCUAAGAAAGUUUUACCCUCCAGAAACAUGUCCUGUAUCACCAUCUUGUGGAGAGCCUUGUUCCAAGCUCUGGAGGCACACACCGCUCCUUUUGGUCUACCGCUGUAGGUGCUCCCAAGUGCCAUGGGCUGGACCAGGGCUUUUUUCCAGCUGGAACUCAGCCCUGGCCCUUCUCAGGUGGGCCCAUUGCCAUUCCAAGAGAAGGAAGGAGGCCUUCAGGGUGAGUCGCGGCACCUCUACUUCUGGAGAAACAGCCCUGGGCUUUGGACGAAGGAUUCGAGGGAUGUCAACUUUCUCAGGCGCGGUGUAGGUCAACUGCCCAGAUGUCACUGGGAACUGCUGCUCUGCAACAUCUGGCGGGCCAGAGGUUCCCACACACCUGGCACACGCCCUUCCCCCCUGGUGCCAGGGGCGCAGGCUGGACGUAUUUGGGGGGGGGGGGGCAAGGCAAGAACAAAGUUAUCUGUGGCGCAAUGGGUCAGCGAGUUGAGCCCUUCCAUUUACUUACUAGCACCUGCCCCCCAAAAUGCCAGGUGCUCCAAAAGGAGCGGGAAGGGGGAGAGGAAGCUGUAUCUUCCUUUCCUCCUCCGCCUCGCCAACUAACAAUGGGGCGGACGAGGCGCUCGAAGACCAGAUGCCCGCCAUGAAGGGGCGCCUCGCCUCCCCGCCCCCCGCCCAGCCCCUUCCCGAGCUCAUGCUGGGAGGGGGAACCCCGAGGGCAUCCAGUCCCCCUGGGGGGGGAGGCGAGGGGCGUUCGGGCGCCGGACCCAGGCAGCCAAACCCCCAAGCGAGGUCGCGGCAACGCCGGACGCCGCCUCCGCCCGCGCGGCCUCGUGGAGGAGCGCAGAGGCCUCACCUGGCCCGCCGCGGCCCUCGCCGCCUGGGCGCCCGUCGGGAGCGGCGCCUCGUCCUCGCCCGGGGUCCAGGGGCCCUUGGCCGGCCUGGGCGCCGCCCGGUGCAGCCGCGGCCGCCUCGCCGCUUUGCCCACCAUGGCGGCGGCGGCAGGAGGAGGAGGAGAGCGGGAGGAAGGCUUGGGAGAAGGCCGAGGGAAGUCGCCCCCUCACGGCGCCCCGGGGAAGCGCCGAGGCCGCGCGCCACGUGCUGCCGUCUCCCUCAGCGCCAGGCCGAGAAGGCCUUUCUCCCUGGCGCGGCCUCGAGGCGGCUUACGGAGGCCGCCAGGCAGGCCGGGGGAAGCGGGGGAGAAGAGGGAGCCGCGCCGGAACGGAGAGCACGCAGGCGGCCGCCGUACUAGACGCCGCGCAGGCAGCGGCCCUCGGGUCCACGGCAGCCCGGUCGCGAAGGCCCACCAAAGCCGCGAAAUGCCCCCGCCCGCUCGCUGCCCCCGUCAGGCUGCCAUUCUGAGGGGAGACCGUUGCGUCUCUCGCGGGUCUCUCUCGGUCGGCGAGCGCGGCCUGCGCCUUCCCUUCGGCCUCGGGCGCCUCCAUCGGGGCUUGUGGCCAGGCAAGAAGAGGCCGUGAGGGCGCCUCGGUGUCCAAGAUGGGCGCUUGUCUGGUUCCUCCAAGUCCGGCUUCUCUCUCUGUUCCAGAAAGGAGGAGAACCAAUGGAGGAGGAACGGGCAGCGCCCUUCGAAGCCCCUUCAUCCUUCUCCACCUGUUCACCCCACCCUUCUUCCCUCUGUCUCCCCAGGUGAAGCCCACUGACUUCAGCGGGCUUCAAGUCGCCCUCCUGACCCACAGGAUGGCUCUCCGCAGGGAGGCUCGCCUCCCCCAUGGUACGCCUUUAGGGGCCAGGCAAAAAUGUUCCUCUUCAUAAAUAAUUGUAGAAUUGGGAGGGAUCCCGAGGGUCAUCCAGUCCAACCCCCUGCAAUCUCAGCUGAAGCGUCCAUGACAGAUGGCCAUCCAAGCUCUGCUGAGAAACCUCCAAAGAGGGAUAGUCUGCCACCUUCCAUACAAGCACUGUCAAAACAGCUCUUAACUCUCAGAAAGCGCUUCUUGAUGUUUACCUUUCUUCUAACUCACUGGUUUGAGUCCUACCCUCUGGAGCAGGAGAAAACAAGCUUGCUCCAUCUUCCCUUGAGAUAUUUGAAGAUGGCUAUCAUAUGGGAUAGCUGCAUAGUCCUGCCUUGCAGGGGGUUGGACUAAGAUGACCCUUAGGGUCCCUUCCAACUCUACAAUUUUAUGACUUCUAUAUCACCUCUCAGUCUCUUCUUUUCAAAGCAAAACCUACCCAGCUCCUUCAACCAUUUCUCAUAAGGCUUAGUUUCCAGACCCUUGAUCAUCUUGCUUGCCCUCCUCUGCACUCGCUCCAGCUUGUCAGCAUCCCCCUUAAAUUGUGGUGCCCAGAACUGGACACAGUAUUCCAGGUGUGGUUAUGUGUCUGCUUUUGUUUGUGCCUUUAUUAUGUAGUGUUUUCAUUUUGUAUUUUUAUGCUGUGAACUAGGCUGAGAUAAAGGGUGGUUUGCAAAGUUAAUAAUAAACAAUAAGUAAACAAAAUCCUUUCUGCUGGAGGGAGUUAGUAUGUCAUGGACGUCCUUGUCCACAGCGGAUGCCCUCACGGCAGCCAUGGAAAUUGCGCUGCAUUGUUUCCACUGUACCCAGUGAGACUGGCUGGUGCAGGGUGGGGGAGCACAGAUGCCAUUCUCCAGGGAGGGGCUUGAUCUGAGCCCUUCGACUUGCAUAAGACUCGAGCUGUGCAACAGUUGUAGAAAACUCACACCACCCCAUACCGUGCAUACUGUGUGUCCUAGUCAGCGUGAGUCAGCAGAUCUUUGGAGAUGGUGGACCCACUGCCCUGCUCUGCCUUGCUGAUUCCACCCAGAGCUUAGGAUUCCUCCGCCACUCACUUAUGUGCAUCCUUAAAGCUGUAAGCUAAAUCAUGGUUGCUUCUGGGAUUGAAAAAUCGCCAAAAAACCCCCACCCCUUAUUAUUAGAAUCUACCAAAUCGGUAAUAAAACCACAAUGCCAUUUUAUGUAUGCAUCAAUUACUAUUUAUUAAACAGCAUCUUACAGUAUACAAGGAUCCGGCUCAUCAUUCUAAUGGUAUGGCCUGUUUAUACGUAGUAAUGGUUUCAUUAUUGGUAUACAGUGGUACCUCGGGUUACAGACUCUUCAGGUUACAGACUCCGCUAACCCAGAAAUAGUACCUCGGGUUAAGAACUUUGCUUCAGGAUGAGAACAGAAAUUGUGCUCUGGUGGUGCGGCGGCAGCGGGAGGCCCCAUUAGCUAAAGUGGUACCUCAGGUUAAGAACAGUUUCAGGUUAAGAAUGGACCUCCAGAACGAAUUAAGUUCUUAACCCGAGGUACCACUGUAUUUUGAAUAAAGAAAUCUAAAAUAAAAUAUUUGUACAAUAUAAGACCCCAAAAAAUGCAAAGUAACAUAUCAAAGGCAAUUGUGGUGCAAAUAGGUUAUUUCAUCAUAGGAUAUUUCAGAAGCAUGUAACCUUUUCAGAAUCUACAUUGCGUCCAAACAUACUAUGUAACUCAUGUCUUUAUGUCAUAGCAUAUGUUUACAUGGUGGUAGUGCCAGGUCACAAUCCAGUGGGCUACUUAGUUUGAACACAGGUAUGGAGAAUAUCUUCUCUUCCAAAUUUGUAACUUCAAUUAACAUUUGUGGUGCAGGAACCAUUUCUAUUAACCAGUAUCAUGCCGCUCUAGUUACAUUGAAACAUGAAUCAUGGUUAAAACUGUCACCCUGUGCACUAAGAGUUGAUGGUAUUUUAUGUACGACACAUAAUUUGGCCCCAGCUGCUUUUCCUACUGAUAAAACUAGGAAAGAUCUAGCAUUUAAUAUAAUACUAUAAAGGAAUAUAAGGCUAGAUGUAGCCACACAUGUUGGUGUGUUGAGUGUGUGCAAGGAAAAAAGAAAUGAAAAGCCAAUAAACUUUUCAUUAGAAGGUGCAGAUGUACCGUUUAGCUAAGUGGGAUUUAUUGUUUUGUGAGAUUUCCCCCCUGGACAGUCAAGAUGCACUAUUAUCCAGCAAAUGUUUUUGUAACAAUACAUAUUGCCAGAUAGUUAUUUUUUACUUUAGGAAGUCUCAGAAAAUGACUACGCAGAUGUGAGGCAUCUUUUACUUAACUCCUGAUAGGUUGCAUCAGAAUCAGGAUGUGCCUCACCCCCACAGGGGACUGGCGACAUUUCACCACAAUUGCUACCAAUCUGCUUCCUUGUUUAGCAACUGCAAAAGUCUACGCUGUGAUGCCAAGAAGCAUAGCACUAUCAUGAUGAGGGGAACAGAGGGGCUUGACCCAAUAUGUCCUAUAAUGACCCCUUAUUUUAUUAUUUAUUAUUUUAGCCCCUUAGCCUAAAAUUGUAAGGAAUCCCUUGGCAGCAGGAAACCUGAAAGAACUCUCUAAGGUGGUUUGCUACAGGAAGCCAGCAGAGACAGGCCUCGCAUGAGCCUCCUUGGCAAAGAACUUGCUCACAUAUUUUUCAAAUAUUUUUAUUUCAGUGUUAUAAUAUGGCAUUUACCUUUGGAACAAAUCUUGGUUAUACUGUACACAUAUUCCACAGUUUCAGACACAACUCUUUGCUGACACUUUGACUCAUUUGCAAGUUACAGUGUUGAAAAAGCACCAUUUCCUUUCUCUCUUCCUCAUUCUAAAAUAGCAACUUACUACUGAUCAGUUAUCCUGCAAAAAGAAAUGAGUGAAGACCCCACUAUUUCCCUACAAGUUGUUUCUUCAGGUUCCAGCAACUUCUGAUUUACCCUCAAAUGUGUAACAAGAUGUUGACAUGGGUUCAGAAGUUAUUCCAAAAUAGACAAUUGUAGAAGUGAAAAAUGCAGGGUUCUCUUAGACAAUGUUUGUUACAUUUAGCUUUCUAUUUUAUCCAAACUUUUAUAGCACUCUUCAGUUUAAAAGACUCCCAGGGUAGCGCACAACUGUAUUGAAUAGAAACAUAUAAAUCAAAUGAAAACGGCAGCAGAUUAAGAAACAUUACAACAGAUUAAAACCAGCAAAAUAACAUGCCUCAAAAUCAGGAUAAAUAAAAAUACAUCAAGAAUGGCACCUGGUGAGCAUCACUGGCCAGGGAAUUAUAAAGUUAGGGUUGCCCAUAUGAAAAGGCCCCUCCAGUCACCACCCAUCUCACUUAGAAAUGAAGGUGGAAGACUCUCCAAGGUAUGCUGGCUCAUUUGAGAGACCUCUAAAGGACUUUAGGGCAGCCGGCCUGGAAAUGACUACGGUGGGCACUGUAAUGGUUUCCUUUAUAGUGUUUUAUGCUGAAGGGAAAAAAGCUUCCAAGGGGUCUUUCUCAGGCUUUUGGCCAAGAUCAAGAUUUCACCAAGGGGUAAAAAGAUCAAGAUUUUACCAAGGGGUAAAAGUCCUUUCCUGAGAAAGAUUUUAACUGAACACACAUUAUGGGGAUUUGGGCACAGUUUUGAACUUUGGAUGGCUUGAAAAUACGCUUUCCACCCUCCCUCACUUCUCACUUCCUCUACAACCCACAGGGGCAAGAUAUGCAAUAUCAAUGAAAAAGGAAGAGGCGUGGGCCUUUCUCUGCCUUCUGAGGAGUGGUUUGGCUUUUUCUCACUUCUACAGAAGGAACUGAUCAGAAGACAGAGAACUUCACAACACACCCAAAAAAAUAGCUGAGAAGAAGCCAGAGAGACUGAAAACUUGAUGUAUGUUUUUAAAUUCUUUGUUUAUUUGUGUUUUACUCUUUUCGCAAACUGAGUAUGCAGAGUUUGACAUCUGUAUUAUCUUCCUGUGGGCUUGGUAUGUCCAAAAUCUUAACGGAAGUACCACUAGCAGUCAAUACAUGUACAGUGGUACCUCGGGUUACAUACGCUUCAGGUUACAGAUUCCGCUAACCCAAAAAUAGUACCUCGGUUUAAGAACUUUGCUUCAGGAUGAGAACAGAAAUCGUGCAGCAGCGGCAGCAGCAGGAGGCCCCAUUAGCUAAAGUGGUUCUUCAGGUUAAGAACAGUUUCAGGUUAAGAACAGACCUCCAGAACAAAUUAAGUUCUUAACCUGAGGUACCACUGUAACUGUAAAGGUAAUUAAUUCAAUUGAACUUCAGUAUUUGAUGGAGGCACCAUACCUUCCAGUUCUUUAGAUGCUGGCUGCCCUCAGGUGUGAGUCUAGCACUGAAGGUUAGCUGUAUGUUUCCUGUAGAUAUCUGUAAUGGAGCCCCGACUGCCCCCUACCUCAUUGUUGUUGUUCACUGAAAGGAAAGCAUUUGGGGUCAAUGCCUUCCCUACCCACUAUUUUCAAGGUUGCAGUCGCCCUACACGCACCUUUUCCUCAUGUGGGAUUCAAAAUGCAAGGCAGUUUCUCUCUUUGUAGCUGAGAGGAAAACAACAGAAAGAAGGGCCAGAGCUUUCUAGAGUCACCAGGCUGAAGAGAAAUACUUCUGAGGAGAAACAGACCUUCUGCCUAGCAUUCUGCAUGUGAGGGAGCAGUCGUUGUCUCUGGGGAGACAAUGGAGGAUUGCACCUUUGGAGGUGAAGUCAAACCGUUGGAAGUGUUAGAAACAGAUGUGAAAGCUAGAAGCUAAAGGGCACAUUAAAUCCAGUUAUGGGCGCAACAAUGGAAUGUCUUGGCAUGCUUUUUUUUACAAGAAUACAAAGCUGAAAAUAAAUGAACUGCAGCUAACAUAUUAUGUUCGUUUUUCACAUAGUCUAGUUCUUCUCUUGCCCACCCCCCUGAUAUUCUUAAGAGGGUCUCUUUUCUAGUCUUCAGAGAGUAGCUGAAAGUGGGGAGGCAGAAUAAGAUCCUCCUUUCCUUCCACUCUGCAGUUUUAAUCUGAAAUCUUAGGCACAGUACGACACCCAGAACUCAGAAAUGCUUGCACUAAUGAAAUUCCCUGUCUCAAAAUGCGCCUAGAACAAUGGGAAUUUCAAACACUGGAUACAGCACCUGUUGUGGCUGAGCAGACCAAUGUGGGAAAGACAUGUUCUGUUGCAUCUGGGACAGGUACAGGUGUCACGUUGUGCUGAUGCAGAUGCACCAUGGCGGUUUUUUCUCUAUGUUCCUCCCAGCGGUCAUAACUAUAUCCUUAAUGAGCCCAUUUCUUGCUGGCCUAUAGUUCAAUGUGCAACUUUCAUCUCUGCUUCUGUGAAAGCGGUAUGCUAGCUAUUUUGUGGUGUGGCAUGUGUAAGUUCGCAGGUCAGCUUGCUUUUCGCACUUCUGCGGAAUAUCUCAUGAGAAAGCUACAUUCUGUGGCUUCUGUUGAAACGUGGUGUGGAAUAGUAUUAUAUAAGCUUGGAAUCCUUUUAAAGUGACAGGACUCCAGCAAUGGAAGAUCCAAUACCCAAGAUUUGGUUAAAGUUCUGUUUUUCCCCAGGCAGAUAUGAGUCUGACCAGGACUGCAAUGCUAACCUUGCCUACUCAAAAGUAAGUCCUAUUAAAUUCAAAGAGACUUACUCCCAAGUAAGUGGGGUUAGGAUUGCAGCCGUACAUUGUGUAGUGUGCUACCUUUUGGUACGUUUGUAACAGAUUGGUGUAACUGGACAGUAACUAAUAGAAAUACAGUACAUCUUCUCUUUGCUUGUCUGCAUUGGGUUGCCAACUUUUUUUGUGGCAGGGCUUCUGUGCUUUUAUAACAAUUGUAUGACAUGAAGGGAUGCUAGUGUUUUUACUGAUCCCGCUCCUGUCCCUUUAACUCUAACUUGACAAAUAGAAAUGCAAGAAGUGGAGCUGGGAACGCUCCACCUGCAUAAUUGCUGAGAAUCACAUAAAUGCUAAAGGUACAAGAGGGAAAUCAGUUGGCAACUCCAGUGAUAAACAUUAGUUUUGCCAGCUGGGAAGCUGAAUGUUUUCCUGGUGUGUGGAUUUUAGGCACAGGGUCACAUGAGGCUUGGAGUAUAACUUGGAAUCAUAGAAUUGCAGAGUUGUAGGGGACCUGAGGGUCAUCUAGUCCAACCCCCUGCAAUGCAGGAAUCACAACUAAAGCAUCCAUGAGAGAUGGCCAGGCAACCUUUGCUUAAAAGCCCUUCAUGGAAAGAGUUCACCACCCUCUAAGGGAGACAGCCCUGUUGUCAAACAGCUCUUGCUGUCAGAAAUCAUCAUCAUCAACCUUUAUUAUGGUCCAGAGACCCAACAAAUCGUUACAAAGCAAUACACAAUUCAUACCGCCUACCUCCAGGUUAAACAAGCAUUUUGUUCAGAAUAUAGGGAUCAUUGGUUCUUGCAACCACCGAUAAAAACUUUGCCACUGCUAAUGUUCUACCGUUUGCCCGGUCUUCCAAUAGGAACCUGACAUAGUGAGCCUCUGAUUUUCCCGGGAAAGGUACCAGCAAGGGUAAUAGCAGUUCAACCCUGGCUUGCUUAUAUUUUGCACAGUGCUGUUAGAAAGUUAUUCCUGAUGUUUUGUCAGAAUCUCCUUUUUUGUAACUUUAGGAAUCCUUCUUUAAGAUAAAGGAAGAGAAUAACAUCUAGCAUCCUAUUAUUUCUAUAGUGUUUCACCCUGUUUUUUCACACUGGUUCUCCAAAGGCAAAUGCUUGUAGGAAUAUGCAGCAUAAAUUUAAUGAUAUUUUAAGUAGAGGGGGGGCGGAGAGAGAAAGCUCACCAAUUAGAUUUGUUCCCUAGUAUGGCUAGGAUUGUAUCUCUAUGGUACAUAGACAACCAGCCCAUAAAAUCUGAAAUUUGGGCUUUUAAAGUCAUAUUUCGAAAGGUGUCUGACAACAUUUAUAAUUAUUUUCCCUUAUAGUGAAGAGAAGAGAGGGAGAUGCAUUUCCUGCUUCAAACAGUACCUAAGACUAUUUAUGGAAACAGCAUUCAGAUGAUGUUGCAAGAUACAAUCACAGGCACAGCAUGCUUUUACCUUUGCUUUCCAUAUGUCUCCAUCAGCAGUGCAAAUGCCCCUUGCCCUUCCUUCUUCCAUGCUGCAGGGAGAAAGACUCAUCAAGAGUUCCCUUUUUCUCAGAGCUCUUUCAACACAACAACUUGAAAAUAAGGAACAUAAGUCAGAAAAGGCAAAUGAGAUGGGGACAGCCAGAAGCAAGGGAGGAAUUCUGCAAAGAGUGAAGCAAAUAGGCCCAGUCUUUUCCAGGCAUCCUCUGCUGCUUUUAUUUUCCCCAGGGAAUUUGGAAGCCAAUGGCACAGUCCCAACUUCAUGCUAAACUAUUGCUUAGUACUAUAUGAACGAGCCUCAGUCUUGUAUACUCCCCCUCUCCCCUUCUCCUCUGGCUCAUCCACAUGGAGGGAAUUGAAAGCAUUCACUUCCUGCCUUAAAUUAAUCAUAGUUUGUUGUUAAAUAGUUGAAAUUAUGGCUUAUUGAAACAAGCCAAGAUCAAACCAUGCUUUUUCAUCCUGGCUUGUUUGAGCAAACAGUUCCUGGUUUUGACAGCAUAUAUUCCAGUUUAUUUAAACUAAGAGAAGAUGCCUCCAAUCUCCGAAUUGCAUCUACAACAGGGGAGAGCAGCAAGGUGUGCACACAAGCCCAAAUCUCGUCAAGGCUUGUUCACAUAGUGCUGAACUAUGGUUUAGUGUUAUGUAGAAACCAGGCCACUUUCAAUAAUCUCCAUCCUCAUACAUCAGAGCAAGUCGGCUCCAAGACGUUUUGGAAAAUCAAACACCUGUCUGAACAUUCAGCUCAAGGAAAACGUUCUGCUCAAAAAUUAAGUAGCAUGUUGUAAACACUCAUUGUGGUCCUAACAUACCCUUGAUUAUCCAGGAGCUUUCCCAUCAUACUUUUAAUUAAUAUUAGAUAAUUAAAUACUUUAAUAACCUAAACCAAUUCCAAAAAUGUUACACAGUUAGAAGGAGAUACUAAACCAGCAUAUUAACACACCAUCCAUGCCAAGAAACGUAUUUUACUUCUUAAUAUGUCACUGAAUAUUUAAAUUGCCUGAACUUUUUCUGUAAAACCAGGUUUGCCUCCAUGGUGUAGGACUGAUUUUAAUAGCAAAAUUCAUUGUAGAUGAGAAGAGCUGAUUCUGCCCCUGAUUCUGUGGCUUUCUUUGCCACAGCCACUCAUGAAGGAUAAUAGGUACUCAUCAGGAAGGCUAUAAAUACUCACAGGGUCUGGGGAAGUGUGCACAUUAAUAGCAGCCCAAAGCAGGAGAGGGCAAUGGUGUGCAUGUCUGAACUAGGCUUCCCCAUGGGCAUCUGACUGAACCCUUUGAGAAUAAAAUGCUGGACUAGACUGUCUUCAGCCUGAUCCAUCAGGGCUGUCCUCUUCCACUUGUUUCCCUGACUUGGUGUCUGGUUCUGACUGAGAGCAAAGUAGCUAGGGUGGAAGACUGAAAGGAGGCAGGAGGCAGAGCAGGGUCAGUUCCCCUUGCCCACACAGCCCACUGGCUCUUAAAAUUGACCAGCACUGCAGGCCACUGGAUCUGCUGCUGCCACAUGUAAUUUAUUCCUGAGGGAGCCUCCUAGGAGGGACAUUUUCCAUGUUCCAUGUUGGACACUGCAAUAGCCAACUUGAGACAUACCUUCAACAUCAUAUGAGAAAAGUGACUGCAAGAGUUGUCCUUUAUUAGUGUUGUAGCAUCAUAUAUGUGGAGAGGGAGGAUGAAACCUUUCCCACACUCCUGAGUUGCUUAGACAGAGGCCACAUCCACAGCAUACCUUUAAAGCUCUGUGAUACCACUUUAAAAAGUCAUGGCUUCCCCUAAAGGAUCCUGGGAGCUGUAGUUGGUAAAAGGUGCUGAGAGUUGUUAGGAGGCGCCUAUUCCCCUCCCACAGCUACUGUUUCCAGAGUUCCCUGUGAAACAGGAUUGAUUAUUAAACAAAUCUAGGAAUUGUACCUCUGGGAGGGGGUAAUGGGGUCCUCUAGCAAUUCUCAGUAAGAACCCUUAGCCAAGUCCUGCUCCCAGAAAUUUUCAGGUGAUGCCAAGAUGCCAGGAUUCUGGGAUGUAAAAACAAGAGCUGGUCUCCAUCUCUGAGAAAUUAAAAUUUGGUUGUGAACCCAGGGUCUGUCCCAAACCUAACACAAAACGCACAGGCUCCUGGAGUAGGCAGGAAACAAAAGUAAAGAGAAAUUUGGUGGCCUUUAAUUUGGCAAAGCCAGGGAUAAAUCUGGCAGAGUGCUGGAUAAAUAGAGUCACUUGGAACCAAAUUAUCCAGUAUUAUCAAGUUGUAAUGUAGCUCUCAAAAGGAAAAGCCCAUCUACACAGGUGGUGGGCAAUUAGCUUCCUCUGGUUGUACAUUUCAUCUUGAACAACUAGAAUCGGUUUUCUUUGAAGCACAACAAGCAAAGGGAGAUGUGUUGUUCCACAAUAACAAAAAAUCCCCAAUCCACAGUUGAGUAAUACUUAACUGGAACAAACCAAAUGGCAAAAAGUGUUGCAAGCUUUUGGUUCUUCGUAACUAUGAUUAGAUCAUCACAGCACAAUUGCACCAAGGCCUGUGAGGGUCCCUCUUGCCUUCGCCACCAACAGAAGCAGCAGAGGGACCUCUCAGUUGUGAUCAGGUUGGGCACCAUCCAACCUUGCCAAUGAUGGUGAUGGAAUGGUUGCCUUUCCCUGCUCCUCCUCACCUUUAAGGGCACAGUUGCAAGCAGAGGGACCAGCUGAGCCGCUCCUACACCUUGAUGUCCAAGGGGAUGGCAGAAGCAAGAGCUGUAGGAAGAAGCAGCCACAAGCAGCAGCAAUGCUUAAUGUGCAGCACACACGUGCACAUCCUCACUGCCACAGUCUUCUGUGGUUCUUGUGAUGCCUGCUUGCCGCUGUGGCCUUUGCAGCCAGGCUCACCACAACAGGCCUCCCCAUGUGGGAUGCAAGAGGGGGCCUCCCACAGCAGCAGCUCCUGGCUCCUGGCUGGGCUGCCCCAGGAGAUGUCAGAGGAAAUGAACCUGAGGAUUAAUACACAGGGACAGGUUGGUUUAAACUCUGGAAAGCCUGUGCAUCUUUCCUCUGUGUCCACAUUAUUUAAUUUACUUCUCAGGCGUGCUGCCUGUACAAUAUAAUCCACAAUUGGCUGGUUUGGGUAUGUUUUACUCAGAAGUAACCACCUCAAAAUAAGUGAGGCUUCUUGAGUAAAAAAUUGUGACAUUGCAAUGUUGCCAUCUCCCCGCAACCUCCGAUUUUCUAAAGGCCUUCUCUCCGUUUCCACUCUUGGUCUAGUGGGUAUCACUGGGGGGCGGGGUAUUUAUUACUGUGUAGCGAAUCAUAAAGCAAAAAUAUAAAAUACAAAAUACAAAACCAGCCAUUAACUGCAAUUGUAACCGAUCCUUACCUUCAGCAGCAGCAAGUUUAAAUUUCAUUUGUCUGGACUUUAACUCAAGAAUAUAUUUUUAUUUAUCAAGGUUGGUAAAAUACUCUCUCUCUCUCUCUCUCUCUCUCUCUCUCUCUCUCUGUGUGUGUGUGUGUGUGUGUGUGUAAUUCGUGGCCCUUUAUUUCAUGGGUUUGUUGGGGAGGGAGGGGCCCCGUUUUGGAAACUGCACUUGACCUUUUCCAUAACUUGUCAUCAGGCAAGAUAUUACACAAAGAGGGGCGAGGUUGGAAACCCCUCUUUUGGACCAACACAGCUACCUAGCUGUGCUUUUUAUACCUUGUCUUCUAAAUUAAAGUUUUUCUUUGUUGGAGGCGUUUCCCCCUCUUUUGGACCAACGCAGCUACCUAGCUGUGCUUUUUAUACCUUGUCUUCUAAAUUCAAGUUUUUCUUUACUCCUGUCCCCUGCCUACUCCAGGAAGCUUGUAGACGGAGAUGGGGACUGUGUGUUGUUGGACUCCAACUCCCAUCAGCCCAGCCAGCAUGAUCAAUUGUGAAAGAUAACAGAAGUUGGAUUUUAACAAUAUGUGGAGGGCUGCAGCUUCCACACCGUUGGUUAAUAUUUGGGACAGAUCUUACAAAACAUAUUUUAAUUACUUGUUGCUUUUUCAUCCUGGAGUCCUAAACAUCUAACAUGAUAGCUCCACAGCACUUGGGAAGAACUUACUUAGCCCUGCAUUUUAGAACUGGCAGCCUGAUUUCUGAACUUUUUCGGUUUUUAUUUUUCCUCCCCCUCCACCCACUCCUGCCUCUUGUGUAACACCUUGCCUGAUAAAGAAUUAUGGAGAACUUAAAAGUUUUCCACACUUUUGUGACAUAGAUCUGUAGCUACACAGCUAGCCAGAAAUAUGCUUAUAUUUGUGGAAACAAUGCCUUUUGUUGCUUGGGGGGGGGGGGAGUUGUCGAAAUAUCAGUACAGUAGUGCACUUUGCUAGACUACGGCUUUGAGAGGCAUCUAGAAUGCCCAAUUAGGGUUUUGUUUUUACAGAAAGACAUAAAAAGCAGUGGAAGUAUCUUUUAUUUCAGUGCUAUUCUUCUGCUAGCCUCCUUGCAGAGCAAUAGCAAAAGAUGCAUCCUUGCAUUCUGGAGGGGUGCAGGGGAGAAGAACCACCCUGGUGCAAGGAUGAAGGUGGGUGGGGCAGGAAUAUAUUUGCCCGUUUUUUAAAAGAAUACUCAUGUGGUCCUGAGGUGUGUGCCAGGGCUUGGGUUGCCAUGUGUCCUCUUUUUCCAGGACAUGUCCUCUUUUUCAGGGGUAAAAUUGCCAUCCAGGUGAAUUUUUAAAAUUUUUAAAAUUCUAUGGCCUAUAGUAGUGGUAUUUAAAAUGAGAGCCGUCAUAGCGUGUUUUUUUUUGCUUUUCAGAUAUGGCAGCCCUCAAUAAAAUGUUCUGUAAUGGUGAGACAUUGCUGCAGGGAAGGUGGUAGCUUUGUUCAUAUUCAACACUUUUUAAAUGUGGUCAGUGGGGCUGAAAAUAACUAAAAAUGAAUAAACCUUUGAAAAAUACCAAAGAAUGUAUGCGAACAUGGAAGGAAGGAGUUAACAUCAGUGAAGUCACUGCUUCAGCCACUUAAUGCAUAGCAAGCCUAAUCGAUUUCUAGACUCCCUUUGCAGGUGGGUAGAAGAAUGCCAUUGCCUCAAACUGCUGUUUGAGUGAAUGCAAGCAAAUUAGAUUUUCUUGAAAAAGUGGCACAGUAGAGAGGGAACACAGCUAUACCUCCCAGGAGAGUGGCAUUUAUGCGACCAUUUACAAGAUUGUAAUCACUAUUCAAAAAAGCAAAAGGAGAUAGCUGACCAGACCCUUAAAAUCGCACAAAUUUCUCUAACUUUGCCUUUGAAAAUAGUCGUGUUCAUCUGCAGACUGCUGGGCUGAAAAGGAUCCUCCUAUAUGUGCUGUGACUGAGGUGGAAAAAGCACAUGAAGGAGACUGCCUGUCUCUUCUUUGAUUCUCAUCUCUGCAAAGGGUGACAUUUCACACUCCUUACAAGUACCUCUGUAAAGUAGGCAAGUAACUAGCCCACAUGGCGGAUGGGUGAGGCUGAGCCUGAGAGAUAAGGGGAGAUUUGAAUCUGACUCAUAUAGCUCACUCUUUUAACCACUGCGCUAGCUGCUUCCCAAAGUGUAAAUGACUCCAGACUCACUGCUUUGUCAGAGGGAUUCAGAAGUACAACAGACCUUUAAUUUUCUGCACCGAAAGUGGAUUAAAGCAUCUUUUGUGGUUUGAAAAGUGACAGGGAGUUGUGUGGAAAGUGUGGGGUGAAUAAAUGACUAAUGGGUAGACAUGUGAGAACCCUGCGUGUAAAGCAGGAUGAAUGCAGGAUAUGUGCUCAUUGUCAUAAAACUGUAUUAUUAUUAUUAUUAUUAAUAAUAAUAAUACUCCAUCCAUCCGGCUGGGUUUCUCUAGCCACUCUGGGCAGCUUCCAACAAAAUAUUAAAAAUAUUUUAAAAACUUCCCUAAACAGAUGUCUUCUUCAGAUGUCUUCUAAAAGUCAGAUAGUUGUUUAUUAAAUGUUCAUUAAAGCCAGGAUAUCAUCUAACUUCCCAGUAAGCUUUGUGCAAGCAAAUUGGGAUACCUGACUAGUUUGCCUCUAAUAUUUUUAGUCCGCAGAGUGUUGGAAGCAGACCAAUUUGACUGCUACCAAUUGUGCUGCUCCAGAGGCUGCCUUGCCUUCAUCCAGCCAUGUUUUUGAAUCCAGUCAUUCAAGUAGUUUCCUGGGGGUAUUACCUGGGAAAUGCUGCCUUGAAUCGCUCUGCAGCUGUUUUAAUAUUGUAGAGUGGAAUCCUGUUGAGGUCAUUGGGGCUUCCUCUUACAUACAUGGGUACAGAGCUGCAGUCUUAGUCUGCAAUCAUGUCUCAUGUCUGAAACUUGAUAAUCCAGUUUCAUCCACUAUUGGAUUAUGACGCUGUACUGGUGGAAAGGAGAGUGUCCCUCGCCAUUUUUGGAAGCCAAACAGAAAGUAAGAUGAAAAGCGUUCUUCUUUUUGUGCCUAUCAUCUGCCUACACAGGAUCACAGGGAAUAUGUUGCAGUCCUGAGUACAUGCGAGUAAGGGUGUUGCACUUCACUUCUUAAUAAUGAUGGUAAUACUUUUCUUGAUAUCAUAGAAUUGUAGAGUUGGAGGGGACACCAAGGGUCAUCUACUCCAACCCCCUGCAAUGCAGGAAUCACAACCAAGGCAUCCAUGACUGUUGGCCAACCAAUCUCCAAGGAAGGAGAGCCCACCAUCUCCCAAGGAGUCUCUUCCACUGUCAAACAUCUAUAACAUCCCAGUCAUUACUAUAACAACUGGUUAUUGGAAAAGCUUACGGAAAGAAAUAGUGUUAUUUUAAAACCCAUUUAGCGUUUUUAAUAUUUAAAUACAUUUUAAAUACUCAUAGAAUUGUAGAAUUGCAGGAAUCUUUUGCCCAAUGUGGGGCUUGAACCUGCAACCUUGAGAUUAAAAGUCACGUGCUCUUCUGACUGAGCUAUCUCCUCAUGUAAUUCCCCUCAGAAAGUCCAACCACUCUCAGAUACAUACUGGACUCAUCUCCAAAGUCCCAAAACUUAGUAUAAACUGGUAACCGAGUCUACUGUGUUUCAUAGCAAAACAAAAUUUUUCUUACACGUCAAUUAAUCAAUGACUGCAGUGUUGCCGUAGCAAUACCUCUUUCCCACAGGGCAGUUGGUGUCAGUUGGCCCUGGUGGGAGUGAGGCAGGCAGUCCAGAUAUUUAGGGAUGAUUUGCUGCAAUGUUGUGAGAUACCAGAAUUAAAUUUCAUUUUAAGUUAGUCAAUGCACUUGUAAGCAAAUGCUGCAUAUAUACUUCUGCUUUGUCCCCAAAUUUCCUAUCCUACCCCAAAAUAUCACAUCUGUAACUGAGCUUCACAAAUUGUGUGCAUCCUUCGUAAGAUGUUUGACUCUACAACUCCAUACCAACCAAGUAUCAAUCGUCUUGGUCCAUGGGAUCAACAGGUGAGGUCUGGGUAGUUGUGCUGCCACCGGGGCCUUUUCAGUGGUGGCUCCCCAGAUGUGGAAUUCCGCCCCCCCCCCGGUGCAACUUUUGCCAUCCUUGUUAACUUGUUUACUCACGCAUUUGCUGGAUGGAAAGCCUGAGAUUAUUGGAGGGAAUAAUGUUUUUAACUGUAAAUGCUUUAAGAUGUUUUAAACUGUUAUUAUAUUUAGAUUGUUUUUACUACAGUAUUUUUGAUUCGUUUUUUUUUUAAUUAAAAAAGAUUGUAGGAUAGGUUUGCUGCCCUGGGCUCUUUCAGGAGGAAUGGCAGAAUAUAAAGUCAAUAAACAAACAAACAAAGUCACCUUAUAGUCUUUUAGUGUAGUCAUUUCAUGGUAUAUUAUUUCAAUUUCACAGGAGAUGCUUCACGAGCGAUUCCUUCUGCUGUCUGGCGCUGGACUGCUGAUUCUGACAUCAGGUACUUGCCACUAUUAGGUGGAAGUAGUGCUAGAUCAGCAUAAUCUGCAUUUGUAGCGGUGUAAUGACCACCGUCUCCUUGUAGAGCUAAGCCUGUAAGGGCCUUGAACUAAGUGGGCUUAAGUAGGCUCAGCUUUCUGUUGGAUUGUGCCCAUUAUCCUAUCUUCAGUGGGAAAUCUUGUUGAUCGGUAUUCCAAGUCGGUGGUGUUUUCCUGUGCAAGAGGCCCUUAUCUGAGCUACAGGAUCACAUGUUCAUUUUACUGAUAGAUGCCAUCUACCAUGCCAUAUUGCUAAAACAUGGGCCAUUGAGAGGGGGCAAUACAAUCAAAACAUAUUAAAAUGACUACUGGUUACUUUAAUAGCUGUCUGUGCAAGUGAAAAGGUGCACAGGACACUCAGGCUUUGGGUCUGCGGUGCUGAUAGCUGUGAAACUGAAGCAGCAACCUCCAGGACUGUUUGCCUGAAGACCCCAUAAUGGAUCAGGCGCACAAAUGGUUUGUAAGAGAAUGUACAGUCAAUUCUUCUGCCCCAAUCUGCAACAAACUGCAGCCCAAAGAGUUUGUGAAAAACAAGGUGGACGUGGCACCAUUCUUCCUAACAGCGACAGAAUGUAAGCCUGUCCUUGAAGGGCGUCUGCAGACUGGAGUUACUACAGAAAGCAGGGGCAAGAUCCAUGUUGUCGUGCCCGGCUCAAAGUGCUGCUUUCAACCAAUAGCUGCUUAUAGCUUGGAGCCUCGAUAUCAGAAGGAUCCCUUCAGCACCCUCACUUGCUGAGAUAUUUUGUACUCCUGGCUACACUGUGAAGCCUGGAAACUGCGGGUGCAUGUCUGGGCAUUUUUAAUAGCAGUGCCCAGACCAUGGGAUUCCUUGUCCUGGGAUUUCAGCACUCUGUAUCUUUGCGGGGGGGGGGGGGGAUAUAUAUAAUAUUUAUACCUCUCUCUUUCUCAUUCUCUCUCUCUCUCUCACACACACACCCCACAAGCUUUGCUGUGUUGCCUCGCUCUUAACCUGUUUGUGAUUUUGCUGGGGGAUGAGGUAUGAUGCUUCUUUUUGUAUCUCUCGCUGAGGUAAAACGUUUUAUGGGUUAUUUUAAUUAUAUUGUAUUAUAUUGUAUCAUAUUCACCUCAACUUUGUGGGCCUGUGUGGUUGAAGAUGCACGAUAUAAGUAAUCUUAAUAAUAAAAUAACUGUGAAAUCCUGUCCAACAGGCAUAUUCCACACAGGGAGGACUCAUCCGCUUGUCCCUUCGCUUUCCCCCAGAUAAGCCUGCUCUUUACAGAUGAACUGGAGCAAACAUCAACCAGAAUGCCACACGACUAUCUUGGCCAGCCAGCGGCCACCAUCCUUUCCACAGGAGUUGUCUGGGCAGCCCAGAACCUCCAUCCACCCUGCCCAGGCUUGUGCCCUGGGGGGGGUCACCUCAGUGCUGCUAAUGCAGUGGUUUGACUUCACCCCCGGAGGUGCACUCAAGAAAGACGGAUGCCAACCACUGUUUGCUCCAAUUCAGCAGUAAAGAGCAGGUUUUCCUGGGGAAAGCAGUGAGUCAAAGGAAAACCCACUCAGUCCCAUGCCUAGAAAGCACAGGACAAGCAGAAAAGUUCUUGGACCCAAACUUUGUAGGUGUGGGACAAGCAAAGUGUGGACAAGCCCUGCGUGUCCUUCUGAAUCCAGGCUGUUGAUAGGUUUUCAACUUAAGUGCCAGAUAAUGCAGCCCCUUCUCAUCAAUUAAUAUUGAAGUAGAGUCUUGAGAUUGUUUUUGUCUCUGUUUUAAUAUUGCAUUGGCAUAUUCAUAUAUCAACCUUCUACAUAGUUUGCCAUGUACUCAGUCUGCGGUAAGUUUUAGCUUCAUAUUAUGUGUAGUUUUUCCUCAUGUUAAUUCCACCUGCCCUGUUCUUCCUAAGCGCUGUCUCUUGAGUGCACCAAAUACAAUGUGAAAACCUGUCAGGACUGCAUCCAGUCUGGCCCAGGAUGCGCCUGGUGUAAGAAGCGGGUAAGUUUUCCAUCUCUUGUUUUUCACGCAUAUUAUUAUGUUCCGUCAAAUACUUUCCCCUCUCAACCUUUUUACUCUGAAUGAUACCUUUUGGUAUAAAGAUAAUGAAACUUUUUUUGUUUUGGAUAGUGGAUGCCCAUUUCAAGUUUUGCUUUUUGGGCAGGCCCACCGUCACUAAAAAUAAUAAACAGAAUCUGUUGUUUUCAAAAUGGUGAAUGCUCUGCUCUUCUAGAUCUCCAGCUUCAUGGCACCCCUUUCCUUCUUUGUGGGCAGACCUGUGGGUCUCAAAUUUCAGUGGUACCCUGUGCAAUGCCAAACUGUGGCCCAAGAGAUUGACUGGACAGCAUUGACUUUGCAUUGACUAAGGAGGAUGGAAGCCAGCAACAUUUGUUAGGAUUUCUCUCAACAUGGUGCAACAAAAAUAAAAAUAAAACCACACAAAACCACAAUAAACUUAACGGUACAAUAAACUUAAACCCAAAUUCAAAACCAACACAAUAAAACUUAGGUCUCUUAGAUCCGUGCUUGAAACACGCAGAUUAGGUGGGAUAAAUUAAUAAUGUUCAAAUAAAAAUUGAAAGCAAAUAAUGAGAAGUGGCAUUGAUUGUAGGUAACUUCACAGUUCAUAGUUUCUCUCACUUUGAUCUUUUAGCCACAGGUCAUGGGUCAAAUCUGAGAGGGGAGUUUCCUGGGUUUAUUUCAAGAUGGAGGCUUGAUAUCACACACAGGUCCCUCAGGUCUGGUACUUAGCUGUGCAUGAUGGCCCUGUUAGCCUCCUCCAUUAUGGGCAUUAGUUGCUCUUCAGGCACUUGCUGUUGACACGAAUGGAUGCAGCUUGUGCUCUGGGGAUUCUUCUUUAUUUUGUCCCUCUCCCAUCCAUCCUCCUCCUAUCUGGCCAGGCAGGCAUGUAUUUCCGUACCUGGGAACACCCAAAAGUAGUGCACAAGAGCAGAUAUUAUUAGGUUUCAUAAGAGGAAAAAAUUAAGACGUGCUUUGUGGGCAGGAGUCCCCUUUUCUUUCAAGGUUUGUAUACUUUUACAAAACCAAUAAGAACUGAUUUUUCAAGCAAUAGAGCCCACCCACUGAAAUGUUGCCCCACAUGUGAUAAAUCACCUUUUAAAAAAAAGAUAAUCUGCUUCCACACUGGCAGUAACUACAGAUAUAUAACACAUUACUAUUUCCUUAUUUAAUUUCUCUCUCUCUCUCUCUCUUUUGGCAAGGGUUGUUUCUCCCUCCACGCAUAAAAUUUUAUUAAUCCUUUUUCACAAUACACUACAAUUAAAAAAACAGACUAAUCUAAAUGAAAGUAAAAGCAGGAAGAAAAGGAGAAAAUAAUAAUGAAAGUCCUCUCUCUCAAAAACAGAUCCUAACCCUAGUCUCACACAGAAAAGUGUGGACCCUCCAAACUCUCACCUGGUUGGGCUGCCAUAUGUCUGGAAUUUCCAGGAUAUAGCUGGGAUUUGUCCAUCAAAAAUGGCAUCUGGGCGAAAUUUUCAAAAAGUGGCUGAAAUGUCUGGGAUGUGUCAGAAAAGUUGAUUUUUGGCAACUUUCCUUAAAAAUAGGUAAAAAUUUUUUUUUUGCAAAAAAAGAAAAAAAAAGCUCAACAUGUCCAGAUUUUUACUUUUUGAAAUAUGGCAACCCUGUCACUUGGGGGCUUCCCUUUCUUCUCCCAGCCUGGAAGCUCUUACCUUCUUUGCCUCUUACAUAGGUUCUACCACCCAUCUCCUUCAUGUGUGUAUUGACUCAGAGUAGAGGACCGAGGAAGAAGAAAAAAGAGCAAAGCAAAAACAAGGAAGGAAAAUAAUGAAAGUAUGAAGAAAGAAAAGAAAUAAAAAGGGUUUCUGAUUCUCCAUCUGUCAGUUAUAUAUAUAUCUAAAGAUCAUCCAAAAUACUCAAGUAUUCCCUCCAGGAUGGUAUCCAGCUGUUCCUUCUUCUGCUAGUCCUUACUUUUCCAUUUUCCAUAUCCAGACAUCUCAAGUUCAUUCAUUUUUCAUUCUACACAAAAAGUCUAAAAGAGGUUCUCCAAUUAUUAUUAUUGAUAAAUUUCAGCAAUUGUCUUCCUCCAGUCCAGCAUAACAACUUUACCUCCAAUGUUGCAAAACAAUAAAUCCCUCAUCUUUAUUCAUACAGGAGUCUCUGCACUGUGGUCAUAUAUUAAAACAGUAUUUCAUAGUUUUACUUAUUGUAUAUUCAUUAAUUCACACCCAGUUCCAUAUAUUCCAAUCCCAUUUCCUGUUGGUCAUGGUUUUCCAUCCUAAUUUAGAAAAAAAAUACUUCCAAUUCCUCUCCCCCCCCCACGAGUGUUAAUAGAGGCUUAGUAGCUUUUCCCUCUAAAUUCACUCCAAAUUGUACACAGAAUCCUUUCUUUCUCCGCUCUAUGUCUGUCAGCUCAGAAUGUUUCUUAAUCUUUAUAUCCAUGACUUCAUUCCACUCCUCCAACAUUGUAAAUCCACUGCUUGACUGUUUCAUUCCUCCAGGCACCUGUGUGAAGGUCCUCUCCAAUUCACCAUCUACUGCCUCCAGCGAUACUGUUCCACUCUCCUGUUCUGGCAGUCUUCCAUCAAAAUUCUUCUCCAAAUGUUCUGUGUCUUCUUUAGCAUCUUACUCUUGUCCAUUUUCAUUCACCAUUUUAUGCAACUCAGCUCUGAGCUCUUUCAGUUGUUCAUCCAAUAGUUGCUGCACAAUGCCAACAGUCAGUGGGGUGUCCAGCGGUACUUUUGCCAUUACCGAGUGUUCUAGGUCUUAUUAACUACUCACUUUCUUGAAGAUCUUACAGUCUUUGCUUUAAGUCUGAGUCCCUUGGCUUCUUAUCAGAAUGCAUUCUUUGCAUUCUUUUCUCAUAGUAGCUUAAUUAUGUUAGUUUAACUUUGCAACCAGCGCUUUCAGGAGAGGAUUAAAAAUAAAAUACAGUAAAGAAUUUUAACAGUUGGAACACCCUUUUGCUGUUUAAAAUCUUUCUUAGGCAAAGCAUGCUUACUGUUUUGCUUUCAGCCUUGUAAUUAUCCUUUUUUCUUAAACCAUCAGUCAGUCAGGUUGCAUUCCAUAUGUAUAUUUCAGCUGGCAGACAGAUCACCCCUGUUGUAAUUUAUAGUAGUCUCACAAGUAAGUAAAGAAAGGAAGGUUAGGCAACCUUAUGUCCCUUAGGACGAUUACAUAUGUGGUGUUUGGGCAACAUUGUGAUUUCUUCCACUCUUAGUCACUCACCCCCGUCUGAGUCCCUCAAAAACUUCUCAGUCUCUCAGGGUGGAAAGCAGCUUUUCAGAGCAUCAGAGGUUAAUCCUUGUUAUCUCUGUUUCCCCAGAGAGAAUGCAAUAAGCAAGAUUUAUGACUUGGCUAACAUUAAUCACCAUAUCACUAUCUCUGUUGACAGUACAGUGGUACCUCAGUCUAAGAACAGUCCUGUUAACGAAUGAUUCGGGCAAUGCACUCUGGAAAACCGGAAGUAGGUGUUCCGGCUAGCAAACUUUGCCCCGGAAGACGAAAAGAAGCUGACUGGUGGAAGGGCACCGGCAGCUGGAGGCCUCAUUGGGGAAAGUGCACCUCAGUUUAAGAACACUUUCGGUGUAAGAACGGGCUUCCAGAAUGAAUUAAGUUUGUAAACGGAGGUACCACUGUAUGUUGACAAUAAAAGUCUAGUCCGCCAUCUUUCCUCCCCGAAAGUCCCCUUAUUGACUUUUCCAUGGCAAGGGGAAAUAUGGUUGAAAUGUAAGAAAAGUACAGACUAGUACAGACUAGUAUUUUAAUAACAUCAUACAUGAAUACUAUGACAAAAAACUUGUAAGCAUGAGCAAUGCUGGACCAAUUCCACAACAGACUGCCAUAUGGAAGUUCCAUGAAUGCCUUUCCAGUACAAUCCUUUAGAAGAGUAAUAUUUUAAGCUCCUGAAUUCUAUUCUGACUGUCUGUAGACAGGCUCUUUGGGAGCCUUUGGCUGAAUAACUAGUUACAAACGCCCACCACCUCAGACAAAGGUAUUCUCAGCCCUGUAGCUGGAUAUCCUUUUAACUAGAGACACUGGACAUUGGAAGUUCUGCAGGCAAAGCAUGUUUUUGUUCUUCUUCCUCUGUUGUCCAAAAUGUAUCAGACUUAUUUCUGAAACAUACUGACCAUUUAUUCUUUUUUUUUUUAAUGAAAUACAGGAUUUCACAAAAGUAGGAGAACAAGAUUCCAGUCGCUGUGACACGAGGGAACAACUCCGGCAGAGGGGAUGUGGGGAUGACAUAAUUUUUCCAGAAAGCUUUGCCCAGCCAGGUCCACCACCAAGUCAGAUAAAGCAAAUCCAGCCUGAGAAUGUGCACCUGCAGCUAAGACAAGGUACUACUCUGAGUAAUUAUUAGACAAAGAAAUAUAAAGUGGAUGAAUAGGAUGAUUAUUGUGACAGGGCAAAGAACAGGUGUGACUUCCUUUGUACAGGUAUAUAAAUAGUUCUUGAAUUCUUGGAAGGUGGGGAAGUACAUUAGGCCUGGUUUUAAGAGUGUUGGAUUUGAUUGUUUAAAUUCUAUAAUGCCUCUUUGGGAGCCUUUGGCUGAAGUACUAGUUAUAAAGUGCCUGAAACAAAUAAGUAGAGGUAAGAUGUAGAUGCUGAACAUCCAGAGAAAUAUAUGGUACCCGUGUUGUUAUACACAUGCACCUUGUUCACUUUUUCUGUUUUUUUCUCUCGUAUUUGAAUAUUUAUUAAAGCUUGAAAGAACAAAAAACAGUAUGCAGAAAUAAACAUCAAAUAACGAGUGUUUGCCACACCUUGUUCACUUCUAAGUAUGGAUGUUGUGAGAGAUUAUCUGAGCCUGACUUGGAAAUGAGCCCUAGGUGGUUCCAAAGACCCAACUCAAAAUGGGAAGUGUGUCUCCCAAACUCUGCCUCAGAAUAUGAGUGCUCUGAGGAAAUCCUCUUCCUCACCUGCCAGCCCUCAAUAUCGCAUUUCACCUUGGUGAAUAGACAGAAUGCAGGAGUGAAGGAAGGAGAGACAGCAGAGGGGACACCCUCCCCCAAAAAUCUGUCAUCCUGAGUGACAGGGUGAGAGGGGUAGUUUUUUCAGGGGCUCUUUCAUUUACAAAAGCCACUGAAAGUACUACGUUUCCUGUAGAACAUUGCACCCCAUCAUGCUAUAUCUUGGAGAGUUUACCCAACACUACAGGCAACUCCCCAUUUAUGCAGAGGUUGUGUUCUAAGCCACUAUGCAUUUAAGUGCAAUCACACCAUGCGUUUAAGUGCAACCACACCAUGUAUUUAAGUGCAAUACCACAUUUAAGUGCAAUCACACCAUGCAUUUAAGUGCAAUCAGCGUCAUUGGAAAAGCCUGCAAACACCCUCAAAACCUCUGGAAACUCUUGAAAGAACAGUAAAAAACAACAACCAGUACUUACCAGACGCCAAACUCCACCACAAUCACUCCCUCCAAACCUCCUUUCUCAAACUCCCAACUCUCCACAGGCCUCAACGGUCGGUGUAAAGGUGUAAGCUCAUUCUUUUCCCUUUUGCUAACAGAUCUACCUGCUGUUUUUAAUGUGACAUUCCGCCGUGGGGAGGACUACCCUAUAGAUCUUUACUAUUUGAUGGACCUCUCAUACUCUAUGAAUGAUGAUCUGGAAAAUGUGAAGAAGCUAGGAGGAGACCUGCUGAGUGCUCUCAAAACGAUUACCAAACAUGCUCGAAUAGGUGCGUACAUUUCUGAUUAAUCCAUUUGUCCCCUGGUACUAACAAAAUUAGCAUCUAGGAUUGUUUUAAUUCAAAAGAGUGGAACUAUAUGGAGCACAACUCUUGCAUAUCAAAUACAGAUUUACUGAGAUUUAGUGAAAUUAUUUUUGCACUGAAGGCGCUGUCAAUGAGGCUGGGUAUGGAACUUCUGCUGCUACUUCAUACAGUGGAUGGAAGAUAAUAGGCAAAAUGAAACAUGAUUUUGGACUCAGCUAUAUUAGUAAAGAAACAAUUAUUUGAAGGCAUUAUAAACAUGCAACACCAGAUGGCGUCAGAGAGCAGGAAAAUUUUAUAUGUGAUUUUCAAUAGGUUUUUUUUUGUUAUAACGAUAUGAUUUCUGACUUAUAUAUAGCGUUUUUUGCCUGUGUGUAGAUCUACCCUUAAUUGCUUCGUUUCAUUUAUUUGCCUCAUUUCUCCAGAUGUUUGUGUAUAGGAUUCUUCUAUUUUAUUAACUGUUCCUUCUAGAUUUCCCGUAUUUUGUCUAUUCCAUAAUCCAAAAUUCCCAAAUAAUUUUUAAUUUCAUUAAUCUCUAAUUCAAGAGAUAUUGUUUGUUCUACCAUCAUCUGCUGGGUAUCUAAAGAUGCCUUUCUUUCCUCUGCUGCCCUUUUCCUGGUACCCAACAUGCUGCGUUGGGACUGUUUUAAUCCCACCCCCUCUGUUUUCUACUUUGCUUUUUAAGAAUGUUAGCACAACUGUCUCUUUAUGGGGGGUGGAGUAUAAAUAAUAAAAUGUUUAUUAUAACUGUUCCUGUAGAAACUUCAGCAGCAGCACAGCUCCUCUAGAUACCUUGUUUUGACAGCAGUACCAGUAAGCUUAGCUCAUUUAAUAAGGGGGAAAAACAACAACAACAUUCCCAUGGAGGAAGUAUCAACUGGCAAAGUAGAUUUUAUAUUCUUAUGCACAUUUUUGUUAAAAUAUAAUAAUAAUAAUUCCGCUUAAUAAUAAAAUAAUGCACUUAAACAUAGCAGAGAAACUCCUUUGUUCGUUUAAACUUUUGUUAUCUCAGAGCAGCAUAAAUCAAGCCUUUUGCCUUCAUUCUUCACUCAGCGGCUUCCUCCUUUCUAAGUGGUAAAAAGUAGCUGACUCUGCAGGAUGGGUUUUCCUCCGCUUCCAAGUCAGGACCCACCCUACCAGGGACCCCAGAAAGACAGCCCUCUGGCAGCCCCCCACCCCCCCGCCCCAGGCAGAAAGGCUCUCAGGAAGCUUCAAGAGGAAAUUAAAAGAAAUUUGGAAACAACUGUUUGUUCUGAUUCAGUGGCAAAAAGCAGUUUUCCCUGGGGGAAGCAGCAGGUCAAACGCAAUACCACUCAGACCCAUGCUUUGAAAGCGUGGGGCAAGCGGGAAACUGCUCAGAUCAGUGCUUUUUAGGCAAGAAACAAGUGGAACUAUGGAUGAGCCCUUUCUUGAAGGAAAGAUACCAACACUCGAGAUCUGAACCAUUGGAAGGAUCCCAGCUCUUUCCACUUGUAUUCCUCUAUUUAACUUUAACUUUAUUUUAAACAAUUGCCCUAUCCCUCUCAGUGGUUUAGAGUUCUUCCCUCUCUAUAUAUCUUCGGUGACAAUAACCAUUUUGGACCCUUCUUUUCAGCGGCACUUUCCUUGUGUUCCCUUAGGGUUUGGCGCCUUUGUGGACAAGACUGUGUUGCCCUUUGUUAACACCCACCCAGAGAAGCUGCAGAACCCUUGUCCAAGCAAGGAGACCAAAUGUCAGCCACCAUUUGCUUUCAGGCAUGUGCUCAGCCUCACAGACAGGGUAGAGAAGUUUAAAGAAGAAGUCGGCAAGCAGGAUAUAUCCGGGAAUCUUGACGCACCAGAGGGAGGACUCGACGCCAUGAUGCAAGCCGCUGUCUGUGGGGUAAGACUACCAUAUGGGAACAGGCACCGUGACAAAGUACUCUUGGGGAGUGAGGAAGUUGAAUUUGGGGGACCAUGGAUUCCUGUCCAAAGUGGAAGAGAGUUCCCCCCGAUAAUCAUAAUGUUGUCAAGAUAUGCUGUUGCUGUUAAUGUUGUAUUUAGGCUCAGUGCUGAAGGCCUAGAGAGAUGCUAGGCAGGGUCUUUAUUAUUGUUGUUGUAUUGUUACAAAUUAAAUUAAAAUAUUACAAUAAAUAAGAGAAAUAUAAAAAAUGAAAUAGAGUAAUAAAAUAAACUCAUGACAAAUGAGAUAAAAUAACAGCACAAAAGAUAAAAACAAUCUGCCUGUACAAACAUUCAUAAAAAUAAAGAUUGAUUAGUCUCCAAAAUACAAGAAACAAUGGGUUAAUUAAUUAUACAGUGGCCGUUUUGUGGCAGCAUUAUUAAAAUGUCCCAUAAAAUAAUGACAGGAGAACAAACUGGUCAUAAAGGUGCAAAAUGUACAGGUGGAUAUUUAAACCUAUUAAAGCCAUUUUAGUGUAUACAUAGGUUAUCCUGUCUUAGGACGGAGAUCUGGACAGACAUUGCGUCCCUUUCAGCUCUGAUUUUAUGUAGAAUCAUAGAAUCUUAGAGUUGCAGAGUUGGAAGGGGCCACGAGGGUCAUCUAGUCCAAGCCGCUGCAAAGCAGGAAUCUUUCACCCAGUGUGGUUUGCUUUUUUAAUCUGCUUGCUUUUUAAAUCCAGGAUAAGAUUGGUUGGAAAAAUGUAACACGCUUACUGGUGUAUACGACAGAUGAUGGCUUCCAUUUUGCUGGGGAUGGUAAACUUGGAGCCAUCUUAACCCCUUAUGAUGGGAAAUGCCACCUGGAGGAAAAUAUGUAUAAAAGGAGCAAUGAAUAUGUAAGUACUCAGAGUAGGCAGCACAUUUUAUAAAGUGCCUGCCCUUUACCUUUACCUUACUGGAUUUACUAUUUUAGACUGGAGCCGACUGGACAACCCAUACAACUGCUAUAUUAGGAAAAGUCCUCUUAAUUUUCUAAGAACUCUUUUCUUAAGCAGAAAGACAAUGGGUCCAUGUUUUUUGUUUUAAAGGUUCCAUAGAUCUGUAAACCAAGCUGUUUGUUAACCCGGUGUGUGUGUGCUUGUUGCAUCCAGGGCCAUACCUUGGGAAGCUGAGCCAUCGAUUGUGAUGGGGAUACCUUUGUUUCCUGCAGAGAGCCACCUUCCUUUGGUGCCAGGGAACAAAUCCAAGAGCACAGUGGACGAGAAGGAUGGGGCUGGGCUCCUCCAGCAGUUUCCCUGCCGCCUUUGCUUCUGUUUUCACCAGUGCCCUCUCUGAUAAUCUCUGCUGCACAGGAAUGAGCACAUGUUGAGAGCGCUGCUCUGUUUCUCUGGGGGAUGGAGCACCAGUGCGUUGGUGUGUGCAGCUUGUCUGAAGUCAGACUACAGUUGACUGACAGUCUCUCUGCUUUAACUACGCCAAUGGCCCUGCCCUUAGGAACCAGGGAGGGAGGGGCCAGACUGAAGGGGCGGAGCCAGAGGGAUUCUUUUCAGGCCAGAUCUAGCCUGCAAGAUCCCACCAGGAUCUUCACUAACUUGGAGAGAGAGCCCUAAAUACUGUUUCCUUUGUUACACAGGACUAUCCAUCUGUUGGUCAGUUGGUUCAAAAACUUGAAGAAAACAAUAUCCAGCCCAUUUUUGCUGUUACCAGUAAAAUGGUUGAUACAUAUCGGGUAAGUAAAACUACCAGCAGUAAAGAAGGUUAAGUAAACAAUGUCUGUGGAGAAAAUAAUUAUUAGAUUAUUAUUAUUAGAAAUAAUAAUAAUAAUAAUAAUAAUUAGAAAUGAGGCUGCAUUUUAAGUAGUAUUUUAAUUUUGUUUUUAAGUUGUAUUUUAAUCAAUUGUUUUUAUACCUGAUGUUAGCCACCCUGAGCCCGGUCUUGGCCGGGGUAUAAAUAAAAUAAAAUAAAUAAAAGCCGAAGUCUAUAAUUUGAUCAAUAUACAUGGAACAAUUAGGACAAUAGAUAUUUACUGCUUUGCUCUUGCAUUAUAAUCUGGUAGGCAUUCUAUUUAAUAGAGUGAGACAAUGCUUUCAAUUCAUUUGUUCUUUGUUGAUAGAAACUCAGUGAGAUGAUUCCCAAAUCUGCUGUGGGAGAGCUGCAGGAAGACUCAAAUAAUAUCAUCCAACUCAUCCAGCGUGCCUAUGAUGUAAGUGUUACUGAUAUUAUCAUUUUAAUCCUUUACAGUAUAUAUUUAAGCCAGCCAGACUUUGCCAGACUUUGCACUUUGUUUACAUGAAGCAUGUUUGUGUAACUUUCUCACAAUUAUGCAUAUUUGGUUCAAAUUUCCAAAUCAGUUUUCAGGGGAUGGCUGCCCCCUACCCUGCUCCACCUUUUCCCCUCCCUUUCUCCAUCUCCCCUUUCUAAAGCUUCCCUGAUUAAAGUGCCCACCAAGCCUAAAAAAGAAAUGAAACAAAAGAAAAAGCAGCCAUAAUGGAAGCUGAGGGAGAAAAUGGUCAACAAUUGACAUGCUUCUCUUCUAUGAAACCAGAAACAGGAGGAGGUCAUUUGAGCAGUUGCAAAUGCUUUCUUCCUUUCUUUGCUGUAAACCAUAUUUUUGUGAGUUGCCUGUUUAUAAGGGCAGGGUCUUAAUUAGCAUGAACAAGUGAUCAAAUUCACUUUCUCAAAGCUUAACAUUAGUUGACCUGCAUCCCACUGUAAUUUCCUUGGUUGAACCAAUCCUAAACUUCUUUUUCCAGUAAUACAUUUCUCUAUUCCUUGCUUGAGCUUCUUAAAAGCACUAAUCAGCUUUGCUGUGGCACGUUGGAAGUGACACACUGGCCAAAUAUUGUUAUCUGCUCUUGGUUACAUCUAGCCAGUACACACCCAGUAGUGAAGGUUUUUUAGCUUGUCAGCAGGCUAUGUCCCCGAUAUAGUCCUUUUGUCCCUUGGGAAGUUCUUCUCAAGCCUAUAUUGCAGGAAAACCCCUGCCUCUGCCUCUGCUUCAACAUGUUCACUUAAGCAUCACUGUGUUGACCUGACAGUUCUAUAAAGAAAGUGCAUAACUGUUAGAGAUAUUGGCCCUGGCUCCCUUCUUCUCUCAAGGCUCAUCUUUUCCAACAGAAGAACUGAGGCAAUGGGAAUGGAAGUUACAAUUAAUGCUCAUAUUUUUCUCCCUCGCUGGAGACUUGGGCUCCUAUUCUCACCUCUUCCUUAUUCUCAUUUCCUUGCAGAGUUUGUCUUCCAAAAUUAUUUUGGACCAUGGCCCUUUACCAAACUUCAUCAAAAUCACGUAUGAUUCCUUCUGCCCUAACCAAAUACACACCAAGGAUAAACCAAGAGGGGAAUGUGACAACGUGAAGAUAAAUGAUCAGGUAGGAGAAGACUUUUCUGUUUCUAUCUAAAGCUGUUCUGAUUGCUGCUGCUCUGUAUGUGGAGAGAAAAGAGCAGUGUGCAUUUCUUCCAAUACCGCUGCUUGUGAGAAGGGUCUUCACUUACUCUCCUUUCCCAAACCCCUUAAAAGUUGCAGCUGGGUUAAGCCUGUUACUUUAAGCAAUAUGUAGGCUUUAUUUCAUUAUGUAGAGUUACAUUGGCUCCCAGUACAUUUCCAAGCACAAUUCAAAGUGUUGAUGCUGAGCUUUAAACCGCCUUGGCCCUGUACCCCUGAAGGAGCGUCUCCACCCCCAUUGUUCAGCCCGGACACUGAGGUCUAGCUCCGAGGGCUUUAUGGCGGUUCCCUCACUAUGAGAAGCGAAGUUAUAGGGAACCAGGCAGAGGUCCUUCUCGGUGGUGGCACCCACCCUGUGGAACACCCUCCCAUCAGAUAUCAAGGAGAUAAAGAACUAUCUGACUUUUAGAAGACAUCAGAAGGCAGCCCUGUAUAGGGAAGCUUUUUAAAAUGUUUGAUAUUUUAUUAUGUUUAUAUAUAUAUUGGAAGUUGCCCAGAGUGGCUGGGGCAACCCAGUCAGAUGGGCAGGGUAUAAACAAUAAGUUGUUGUUGUUGUUUCAACCAUCACAAUCAUCUCAAUCACAGAAAAACAGGUUACACUACUUUAAGUAAUAUAAAUGAAUAGAAAUCUCUGAAAACAACAUACAUAAAUAAAAUAAAAAAUAAAAAGCAAACAGUAUUUUAGGAGGAGGAGUGUCUGCAGAAGGCAGCAACCACACAAUGGCCGUGUGUUUACACACCCACAAGAAAAGAGUGGGGUGACUUUUCCCUUUCCUGUCCACAUGGCAACUUUACACUCACUGGUUUGGGUGGAACCAAAUGAGGCAUACAGCCCAAAUACAUGGAAGGUCCAUUGCAAUUCUACUUGCAGAAGAACAGUGUCUUUUUUGGCACUUACAUCCUUCUGUUAGCAUGCUCAGUCCUUUAUUUAUAAAUGCACUCCUUCAUGCUUUCCUGGUGGUUUUUACAUUUAAUGGAGAAUAUUUAAUGGAGUUCUUUGUUUUCUUACAGAUUACUUUCCAGGUGAAAGUUACAGCAACCAAAUGCAUUGACAACCAAACGGUUACCAUCCGGGCUCUCGGUUUCACAGACUCCCUUUCUGUGCACAUGCGCGGUCGAUGCAACUGCGAAUGUGAUGAGGAAAUAUCAAGUAGCUCUGACUGCAGUGGACAUGGGAAAGUAGAUUGUGGAAUCUGCAGGUAAUCAAACCGCUUCACCAAUAUCCUCCCUCCAAAUCACAAGGGGAUAUGCCAGUCCUAGUGGGAAAGAUUAACUAUGAUCACCAUCUGAAUAACUGCUUAUGCAUGUCCCACAUCUGCACCUGCAGUUUAAUGCAGUCUGGGAACAACAUCUGUUUUCACAGAAUGUGCAAACUGCUUGAGUAAAUUUUUUCCUAAAAUGAAAAGGAGAAUUUGAGAAUUUGGCAAUGAGGACAAUUGGGAAAAAGACCUUGAGACUUUUUUCCUGCCAAAUUCUCAAGCCACUCUGGGUAAUGGACUAGGGUGAGGCUGACAGAGCCCCCAGGUCUCCACAUUUGGCCUGCCAGACCAUUGUUCAGGUCUGGUCUGUGCCUGGAUGGGUGACCUUCUGGGAAUAUGCUGCCGUGGGUUCUGUAAUGGGAAAAUGUGGGUUAUAAUUACAAUAAAACAAUAAAUCUGUGCGAGUUCAGGCAAAUCAACCCUCCAACAGAAACAAGUAUUACUUAGUAAGCCUUUCCUAUAUUCUGAACAUUUAUUCUCUCAUGUCAGCUGUUCUCCUGGCUUUAUUGGAAAGAAUUGUGAUUGUCAAACUGGAGGCAAAUCCAGCAAGGAACUGGAGAAGAGUUGCCGCAAGGACAAUGCCUCCGUCACCUGCUCCGGCCUGGGCGACUGUGUGUGUGGGCAGUGUGUUUGCCACACCGAUGAAGCAUCCAAAAAGAAGAUCUAUGGGUCUUUUUGCGAGUGUGACAACAUGAACUGUGAGAUUCACAAUGGUCAACUUUGUGGCGGAGAAAGUGAGUAGCUGACGACUGCAGGACGUGGAAAUAUCCUUGACUCCUUUGCUUUACUUCUCCCAGCUUCCUGUUGCCAGAGUUCCAGCAAGCUACAUUUUCUACUACAAGCUCUUAAAGGGCACACAGUAUUUAGGGGUCUUAGUGGACCACAAGCUUAACAUGAGUCAGCAGUGUGAUGCAGCAGCAAAAAAAGCUAAUUCUGUUCUAGGCUGCAUCAACUGAAGCCUAGUGUCCAGAUCAAGGGAAGUCAUAGUAGCACUCUCUUCUGCGUUGGUCAGACCCUGCCUGGAGUCCUGUGUCCAGUUCUGGGCACUACAAUUUAAGGAGGGUGUUGGCAAGCUGAAACGUGUGCAAAAGAUACUGUUGCCAUAUUUCAAAAGGUGAAAAUCAGGACACAAAAGUUUUUUGGGCAAAGUUGUUGAGCUGGGUCUGUUUAGCCUGGAAAAGAGGAGACUGAGAGGAGAUACGAUAGUAAUUUUCAAACAUCUUAAGGGCUGUCACAUGGAAGAUGGAGCAAGUUUGUUCUCUGCUGCUCCGGAGGGUAGGAUCUGAACCAAUAGAUUCAAACAAGAAAGGAGAUUCUGACAAAACAUUAGGAAGAGCUUUCAGGACAGUGGAAGAGACUCUCUUGGAAGGUGGUGAACUCUCCUUCCUUAGAGCUUUUUAAGCAGAGGUUGAGUUGAGAUACCUGCAUUGCAGGAGGUUGGAUUCAAUGAUCCUUUGGGCUCCUCCAAGUCAACAAUUUUGUGAUUCUGUUAUUCUUAGGAAGAGUUGUUUGAAUAGCAUAAUAAUUUGGAAGCUAGCCAAGCUGCUAUCAAUAUGCCUGUUUCAUAUAAUGGCUUACCAUCAUCCAGGUGUGAAUAUUCUUCUAAGAAACAGCUUAAUUUUGCAUCGUUUUACAAUGGCAGCCUAUUCUUUCGUGAAAGGUAAUUUCAGUGUUUUGCAGGUGAUACCAAGAUGGUCUUUUACUAUGGAAUGUGACUUUGCAGAAUAGAAUGCAAUUAAAUUGUAAAGGUAAAGGGACCCCUCACCAUUAGGUCCAGUCAUGACCGAUUCUGGGAUUGCGGCGCUCAUCUCGCUUUAUUGGCCGAGGGAGCUGGCGUACAGCUUCAGGGUCAUGUGGCCAGCAUGACUAAGCCGCUUCUGGCGAACCAGAGCAGCGCACGGAAACGCCGUUUACCUUCCUGACAGAGCGGGACCUAUUUAUCUACUUGCACUUUGACGUGCUUUCGAACUGCUAGAUUGGCAGGAGCAGGGACCGAGCAAUGGGAGCUCACCCCGUCGCAGGGAUUCGAACCGCUGACCAGCAAGUCCUAGGCUCUGUGGUUUUACCCACAGCGCCACCACUUACUGGCAAACUUGGGUUUUCCAACAGAAUUGCAAAUACGGGGAAUGCGUUCUGUCCUGAACUCUCCACUUUCUCUUCCUAGCACGAGGACGGUGUGAUUGUGGGAAAUGCAAAUGCAAUCCUGGCUAUGGCGGCAGCGCCUGCCAAUGUGAAACUUCAACAGACGGUUGCUUGAACAUCAAUGAGACCGUCUGCAGUGGCCGUGGGGAAUGUCUGUGCAACACAUGCCAAUGUAAACCAGGCUAUCAGCUUCCACACUGUGAAGAUUGCGAAGGCUGUCCAUCACCCUGUCCCAGACACGUGUAAGUGAUAUGAGAGGGACCACAGUGAAAAUUACUGCGCUUUGCAUUUCAGUAUUUACAAGUCUCGCCUUUAGAAUAGGCAGUGUUUCUGCAGGUAACAGGGCUGGGUGGGGGAAACUGAUUCUGCACUGCCUCGUUUUUUGCUUUUCUUGUACAGAAGUCUCCUUUAAAGUCUGGGCUUUUAUAGCUCAGUUAUUCUGUCUUCCUCUCUCCAACGUUAGUCCAUCAAACACACCAAUAAGGUGAAGGCAAUUUAGGCAGAAAUAAAACAUUAAUACAGUAUGAUAAAACAUAGACAUAAACCUACCUUAACAAAGCUAGAUAAAGGGAUGAAAAACUUCUAUCACUUAGAGGACAACCAGUGCCUGGGCACAUGGUGCUGGUCCUGUCUGGAGUUUGCCCAAGGUGGUGUUGGCAAGUUGGCAUGGGAUGAAUGUCUAAAGAGCAAGUUGCUGUUCCUUUGUGUUCUCACUUGGGUUAGAUUUAUAUCUCCUGGUGGAAGCCUCUUGCCUCUAACAAAUUGCCCUGGCUCUGCUUCUUAACCACACGGGAAUCCUUUAGAACUUGACGGUACCUUUCUUGGUCUGCAGCUGAUGUUGUAGUAGAGCUUCAGGAGUCAUGGUUUUGGAUAACCCACAAACAAUCUGGAGAAAAAUUAACUGUGCUGGGUUUUCUUGGUAGUUGUUCACUUCCUUGUAUGUUGAAAUUAGAUAGCCAAAUUAGAUAGGUCAAAUUUAUUCUGUGGAGUCCAGCAGAGUCCCCUUUUUAACAUGUACAUGAAAUCGCUGUGGGAAUUUCAGAGGUGCUCAGCUAACUCACAGCCUGGGCUUAGACAAGCCUCUUUUUUCUCAGAGUCCCUGCCUCCUUUGCAUCUCCUCUGCAUUUGUUUAGGGAAGCUUUUAAUGUUUGAUGUAUUACUGUAUUUUAAUAUUUGGUUGGGAGCUGCCCAGAGUGGCUGGGGAAGCCCAGCCAUAUGGGCGGGGUAUAAAUAAAUUAUUAUUAUUAUUAUUAUUAUUAUUAUUAUUAUUAUUAUUAUUAUUUGCAUCUGCAGUGUGAGGAUGACAAUACUGGCUUCCUUUGUAUCUCUGGCUGUAACUGCACUGAAUAUUAGAUUUAUGUUAUGUAGUAUAGAUCCAUUGCAUCUCUGUCUUGCUAAGCAACUCUUCUUGGAGACAUGAUUCUUGAUGAUUUUCCAGAUCGUGUGUUGAGUGCCGUUACUUUCAGAGUGGUCCAUUUCAGAAGAAUUGCUCUCAAGCUUGUUCACACAUUAUUCUGAGAGAUAAUGUGAUGUCCAGAAGUAAAGAAUGCAAGGAGAAAGAUUCUCAGAAUUGCUGGAUCUCCUUCUCUAUGUUUCAGUUGGAUGGAGAGGAGAGAUACUCCGUUAAAGUGGAACCUUUAAAAGGUAUGUGAGGGAAGGUGCCACCAGCUGCAACACCAGUUCCAUGCUCUGGUCCCAGCACCUAGCGCCAGGGCUCAGUGGCUUAAUAACAAUAAACAAUAAAUGUUGUGUACCCCACCCAUCUGACUGGGUUGCCCCAGCCUCUCUGGGUGGCUUCCAGCAGAAUACAUAAAACCAUCAUACAUUAAAAGCUUCCCAAAACAGGGCUGCCUUCAGAUGUCAAUCGAAGGUCAUAUAAUUGUUUGUUUCCUUGACAUCUGAAGGGAGGGCAUUCCACAGGGCAGGCAUCACUCUGUCUGGUUCCCUGUAACCUCACUUCUCGCAAUGAAGGAACUGCCAGAAGGCCCUCGAAGCCGAGAGAUGCUCCUUCAGGUAUUCAGGGCCAAAGCCAUUAGGGCUUUAAAGGUCAACACCAAAACUUUGAAUUGAUACAUGAGAGAAUCACCAGUUUCCCCCAUAAAGUCCCAUUGUGAGGGGUAGGGUACUGGAACAGGAAGAGAGACUGUGGAUGUCAGAGGCCUGCAUCCCCCAAGGCUUCAGAGGGAGAUGGCCCUCCAAAUUGUGAGGUGUGACAGAUGGAGGGGCCCCUGGGAGUGGCUUCCUUUCCAAGCUAUCUGAGUGCAGGUGGGGACCGAGCUCCAGGUAAGAGGCAAAGGAAGCAGAGUGGAGGCCACAUAGCCAGGUGAGCAAGGCUCCUCCGGUGGGAAGUAUAUGUGGCCUUAAGAGAGUUCCUUGCAAUGUAUCUGGAGCAGUUUCAGUAGUCUUUUGCAUUGUGGAGGGACAGAGAUACUUGAUGUGGAGCUGCCCCAUUCAUUGAAUCGACUUCCAACCUUUCCUGGAUCUGUGGUACGCUCAUUCCUGGCAUACAGCACAUGCACCCUUUCCCUCCUCCUUCAGAUGAGGCACCUUCUCUGUUGUUUUUUUCUUUUCAUAGAUUGCCCACAACCCCCUAAUGUCGCAGCCAUUGUGGGGGGCACCGUUGCUGGCGUGGCUCUUAUCGGCCUCCUCCUCCUCCUGAUUUGGAAGCUGGUAACAGAGCUGAUUGAUCGCAAGGAAUAUCACCGAUUUGAGAAAGAGAAGUCCAAGGCGAAGUGGAAUGAUGUAAGACACUCCCCUUUCAGCAGGAGGGGCUGGAAGAAGACUUGCUAAGGCAUUGGCUCUUCCCUCCUUCUUCUGAGUUCUUGAGAAACGUCAGGGACAUAACUUUUGUUUCAGUUCCACUACCUCAGGCAGGCCUGAAUGCAGCUGCUCAGGCAUGAGAAGCUAAGCUUCUCACAUUAGCACACACAGGCUACAUUUCCACUGUGACCUAACUGCCUGAAAUAAAUAGUAUGUGUUCUGCAGGCGAGAAUCUCUUGUAGAUAUCAGGAGGUCCAUUCUGCACUGUGUAGGAAUUAGGCCUUUAGUGUUGUGACACCUGCCUUCUGGAAACCAGCCCCUUGAAUACUCAACAGACUGUUGUAUUUUGGAUGGCUACUGAAGACCUUCUCCUUUCAACAAGGCUUUUAAGUUGAGAUCUUUCCCAUAAUGCAUCUGCAUUGGAAUUGUUUUUAAGAUGUUUUGUUGUUUGUUUGCUGUCCUGCGCUUAUUUGGGGGGAAGGGUAGGGCACAAUCAUAAUAAUUGCUAGUAUUCUUAUUACACAAUUAUUCUGUGGAGAGAGAUGUGCCUUCAGAAAGAUUCAGAGAUGCACUAACCACUGAUGUGGUCCUAUUUAUGUUAGAGUGGCAUGGUUGGGUUGCUCCUCUGCAUUUCAGCCACACAGGGAGUUGUGGUUUGCUACUGUGCUAUAUAAUGAUCUUCUUUAGCCACAUGGAUUAAAUUUAGAUACAUUAGCUGGGUGUAGAAUGGAGGAAGCGAUGGGAGAGGACCAAGGACCAGCAAGUUCAGCCACACAACCUCCUCCCUGUCUUCCUAGACCAGCAGAAGAGGGUCAGUGUUUGAUCUACAAUGGAAGUUCUCCUUCUUGAGUAAACUGUCCCCAUUUCCUCAUCAAUGGCUACUAUUUUUAGUAGCCUUGUAUAUAGACAGUCAGAUCAUUAAAGGAGACCAAGCUGUAGUGACAUUUGUCCACUUGAUCUGCUUACUUAAUGUGGUAGCCUGGGAUACUAAUAGUAAUACUAUUGAACGAGUAAAACAGAAGCACCAGCUACAGUCACUUAUGAUGUUUUUAUUGGCAGGCUGAUAAUCCUCUUUUCAAGAGUGCCACGACCACUGUUGUGAACCCCAGAUUCAAUGGCCAGUGAAGUUCAACUACAGCAACAUGGGAAAGCACAAAGAAAUUCUUCAGGAGGGAAGCAGAAGAUAUUGACUUUAUUCUCCACUGUGCUUUACUCCUGUCAACCACUAUCCAUGUCCCAUCAUGUGUUUUCAAUAACCCUUUGUGUGGCUUUUUUUCAAACAUGCUUUGAUACUGAUGAUUUUCUUUUCAUAAAAAGGUCUCCCUGUUAAGACUGCUUAAUCACACACACCAUGGAAUGAUCUCAACUUGCCUUUCCACUUAUCCUGCCCAAGGCACUCAGAGCACCACCUCCAGUUAUCCGCUGUUAAAGGUCAACCCUUGAAACCCAAAUAGAAGGGAAAGAGGUGGGGUGGCCAUUCAAGCACCUACAUAGACAAAGUAUUUGUUGCAACAGCAGAGGUUAAUACCACAGUGGUAGUAAGCCAUGCAUGCAUGGUUGUAGAAAGGCAUAAUCUGAAAGAAGUUUUCCCUCCUGUGUGAUAGAAAAGGGCUCAUGCCUCUUAAGACAUAACUUUCCAGCUACAGUUUUUAUAUGGGCUUCUAUAAUGCACAUAUAAAAUAAUGAUAAUAAUGAUGAAGAAAUCUUCUACCUAACUGAGAAGCACCUGUUAAAUAAUCAGUUAAACAUUGCAGUGCUACAUAUUAUGGAAGCACAUGAAACAGAAGAAUGCUCUACACUAUUGAAUACUAGGUUGAUGGGGUCCCCUGUUGUUCACAUUCAGUGCUUCUAGGAUGUAAAACCUUGACACACACACACACCCCGGCCCUUUUCUGCCUUACCAAAUGGCAUUAGCAGGCGGGGAGAACUGUCAUCUUCUUUUAGCUCUGGGUUUCUGGGCAGAUAAAUCUCAUGACAGUCUGCGCAGUGUACACUAAUAAGGUAGGAUGAUGAAUCCACGCUUUCCUAAUUCUGUACAAGACCAUCAGCGCAAAAGAGACCUCAGUCAAAUUGAAAGAUCUUGGAGAAACAGACAGGCGAUAUACAGUGAUACCUCGGGUUAAGAACUUAAUUCAUUCCAGAGGUCCGUUCUUAACCUGAAGCACCACUUUAGCUAAUGGGGCCUCCUGCUGCCGCUGUGCCACCGCUGCAUGAUUUCUGUUCUCAUCCUGAAGCAAAGUUCUUAACCUGAGGUACUAUUUCUGGGUUAGUGGAGUCUGUAACCUGAAGCGUAUGUAACCCGAGGUACCACUGUACUCAUGUGAAGAAAUACGGCACUCGGAACCUAAAGCCUUCAUUCUAGCCUUGUGUAUUGAAGUGAAUAAGCUCCCAAGUUGUCAGGUGCAAGAAGAAUAUUGCUUGAGAGCGCAUAACUGCAAGUGUAUAAACCUCUGUUGUGUGCCUAUGAUUUGCAGGUAAUAAAUCUCAAAACACCAUUCCUGAAAUGACGUGACGUAUUUUGGAGUGUCAUUGUGUCCACUGUUAACAUUCUCUGCAGUAUCUAUUGGACUAAACUUAAGAUAGGGAAAGGAUUGUAGCAUCUUUGGUCAUAACUUUAUUUCUUUUAAGUAGAGAAUGGGUGGAACCUUCAUCUGUUUCAGAGUGAUAAUAAGAAAAUUGAAUUGUGACAUGUUCCAUAUAUGUAGACAUUCUCCAUUGUGCUGCAGGCAAGCCUCAAGUUUGAAAUUAUAUAUAUAUUUGCUAGUUUCUAUGUGACAAAAAAGCACCACAC